AUCUGUAGAUCGAGAACAGAGUAGUUUACGGGGAAAGCCCAAAAGUUAAUCUCAAACCCACCUUCCGAAUUCUUAUCUAUCAACGCAGCCACCACCAUCCUUUCAAAUAUCUAUCUGGGGUCUUGGAGUUUCAAGCCCUCGACUUUCAAUUCAAUAUAUUCCAAUUGAAGCUCAACUGGUUUUGGUUUUUUUGCUAGUUUAUUUGCCUUUUUUUUUCUUUCCCAAUAAAUAUUUGAUCUGCUCUUCUUAUUUUUUCCCCGGACAGAGGAGCUUGUUGUUGUUUGAGGCUUCUCAUAUUAAAUUGUGUGGAAUUGUUUGUGGGUGCAUCUGAUUUUUAUUUUUUAUUUUUUAUAUAUAUUCUAUGUCUUCAAAGGAAGGCACAGUUUAGAUUUUUUAGAAUCUGCAAAGCGUGAUUUCAGGGAUGGGUCUGUAUAGUGAAGCCUGCCAUGGUUACAGGGCUUAGCUUCUUUUUAUAUUUUUCUCUCCCUCCAAACGUGGUACUGUUUUUCCAAGAAUUGAACUUAGACCAAGCAUUUUGAAUUUGAAUUUGCUUCAAAUCAUACACAAAGACGUAUGAUUUGGUAAGUCAAAAUAUAUAUUAUGCUAGUUGGGUUUCUUCCUGUGUUGUAAUAGAGUGUGUGUGAGAGAGAGAGAGAGAGAGAAAUAUGGGAUCUGGAAAUGGUGUUUACUCGGUUGGAGAGUUCAGCUUGGAUUCCAAGUGGUUGAUCGAUCCGAAGCAUCUUUUUGUUGGUCCGAGGAUUGGGGAAGGCGCGCAUGCCAAAGUGUACGAAGGAAAAUAUAAGAAUCAAACAGUUGCUGUUAAAAUUGUCAAUAAAGGAGAAACCCAAGAAGAGAUUGCCAAGAAAGAAGCUCGGUUUGCGAGGGAGGUUGCAAUGAUAUCCAAAGUUCAACACAAAAAUUUAGUGAAGUUUAUUGGAGCUUGCAAGGAACCUGUCAUGGUCAUUGUAACUGAGCUACUAUUGGGUGGAACAUUGCGGAAAUACCUUUUGAAUAUGCGGCCAAGAAGCUUGGAUAUGGGCGUGGCAGUUGGGUUUGCACUUGAUAUUGCUCGCGCAAUGGAAUGCUUACACUCCCAUGGGAUAAUUCAUCGGGACCUGAAACCUGAAAACUUGCUCUUGACUGCAGACUAUAAAACUGUUAAACUUGCGGAUUUUGGCUUAGCUAGAGAAGAAUCAUUGACAGAAAUGAUGACCGCUGAGACUGGGACGUAUCGGUGGAUGGCUCCUGAGCUUUACAGCACGGUUACAUUAAGGCACGGAGAGAAGAAGCAUUAUACGAACAAGGUGGAUGCCUACAGCUUUGCAAUUGUGUUGUGGGAGCUCAUCCAUAAUAAGUUGCCUUUUGAAGGCAUGUCAAAUCUACAGGCUGCAUAUGCAGCCGCUUUUAAGAAUGUGAGGCCCAGCGCUGAAAACCUACCUGAAGAUUUGGCUUUGAUUGUAACUUCAUGUUGGAAAGAAGACCCAAACUCUCGACCAAACUUCAGCCAAAUCAUACAGAUGUUGCUGCACUAUCUUUCUACCAUUUCACCUCCAGAGCCUGUCAUCCCACUUAGGAUGUUCAAAUCCGAGAAUGCUGUUCUGCCACCGGAGUCACCCGGUACUAGUUCGCUGAUGGCUACUAGAGAUGACUCAGGGGAUACUCCAAAAAACAACACAGAAGACAAACCUAAAGGAUUUUUCUUCUGCUUUAACCAGUGUUACUGAUCCAUCCAACGGUGCAAAUUUCACCAUCCCAAAAAUACUGCUAGGCACACUUAAUAAACCAUAUUUUCCCCCCAUAUAUCUAGAAGAAUACAAUCUUGAAAAAGGAGAUGUUUAUCCUCAGAUUUGUGUAGUCACUUAAUUCACAUUAACUUUAGUUUGAUCCUGACUGAAGAUGCUGGAGUUGGGGUUGCUGUGAUGUAUUAACAUUGUAAAAUAGGGUCCAUCCAAAAGCCUUUUACUCCCUCUUUGUGAACCCCAAAAAAAAAAAAAAAAAAAAAAAAAAAUCUCUUUUCAAUGUAUCAGCAUGUCCAUGACCAAUAUUCAGGUCCUAUUUCCAUGAAACUAGGUAACCUUAAUUACUCACAGUUUUUAAGUGAUUUCUUAAUCAACAUUUAUGAUUCAGUUACUUUUAGAUGCUAUAUAACCGGAUUUUCUCAGAGAUAAUGAAAGGUGUUGAUGUAUAUAAUUUCCCACUUUCGGAUGCUGUACG